AUGCUCGUUAAUGCUGUCAACGCUGCUGCUCUAAUUGCGGUCUUCGCAACCGUAAUUGAUGCAGCAGUUUAUAUUGGAGAGACCGAGAUCCCCGCUCCACCCGAAGCAGCCCUUCGGCCCCUGUGGGCUGAGGAGGACGACUCUGCUCGGCCCCCUCCCCCCGAAGCAGCGUUGAGACCACUAUGGGUUGAAGGAGACGUCCCUACUCGACCUGCCCCAGUUGUGAUCAUGCCAACUGACAUCGAGAGCGACCCGAACCUCGAAUUGAGAGAUGAUGCCGAUGUUCUCGCUGCGAUUGCCGACAAGUAUACAUUCUGGCAAGGCAACGGUGCAAACUGGCCGAAGAAGGCCGCUUGGGGAACCUUCGCACAGCUUUGGAACGCCAACCUCCCUACUAUUCGUAAAUCUUGCGGCUGGAACAACUGGGGAGCGGAUAACAGUGCCCAGGAGAUCAGCAACUUACAGAAGGCCAUUAAUCAGGUCGCAGGCGAGGCUAAAAUUGAGCCUCGCUUCAUUCUCUCGAUCGUUAUGCAAGAGUCUGGUGGCUGUGUGCGCGUUCCUACCACGAACAACGGUGUCCGCAACCCUGGGCUGAUGCAAUCCCAUAACGGCGCUGGAACUUGUGCCGGUCGCAACCCUUGCCCCAAUGCCCAGAUCUUGCAAAUGAUCCGCGAUGGAACAUCUGGUACUAAGGCAGGUGAUGGCAUCAAGCAGUGUCUUGCCAAGACGUCCAAGGUUGUUACCAACGCCGCACAUAGAGCUGUAUUUGCCGCUGCUCGUCUUUACAACAGUGGUUCCGUCGACUAUAACAACCUCAACAACCCGUUUACUGCAACCAAGUGCUAUUCUUGUGAUGUGGCUAACCGCCUCACUGGAUGGACCCUUGCUGCUAGAAAGUGCUCUUAA